GUUCGUGACAACACUUGAUUUCAUCUUUGUUAUUGGUCUGUUGUGUCAAGUAAAACACCAUCUGAUUGGAGGGUAGGCUCAUCCUGCUUUUCAAUUCGUCAACCGGGAACACGACUUCUUCUGAGGGAGAACGUUGCCAAUGUGUCUCUUAAAAACUACAAGUCACUAUUUGAAGUAAGCAAUCAUGUCUUCCGCUGAUCUAUCCCAGGUUCUCGACCUCCUGCGGUCUCUGUACCGCCACACACACACGCUCGAGCAGUUCAUGGACAGAAUUGUGUUCCGAGAAGGGCACAAAGCGAUUCUUGUCGAACAGGCGGACUCGAACCGCUUCAAAUCCUUCGUUCGGAGCGUUUUCGUCGGCUGCGACAAGGAGCUCAACCAAGUGCCAAGUAGCCACCAGAUCUGCACUCUGCCCGAACUGCUGGCCUUCAUUCUCAACAGCCUGAAAAGGAAGAAAAAACGCAACAUCUUGGCUCACGGCUACAACCUGCUGUGCAUGGCCCGGGAGGAGGGCGACGCCGACCACUUCAAGUUCCAGGGCGACGUGACUCAGAGCGCCGCCUACGUCCAAGGCAGCGACCUGUGGAAGAAAGUGGCCCUGCGUCUCGGCACCGACAUCACGCGCCACCUGCUGGAGAGCUGCUCCGUGUUCGUGGCGGUCCCGCCGUCGUGCGCUUUCCAGGUGUGCGGCGCUCCCGUCUACGACAGGGUCUCCAUGACCACAGUCCCCUCCGGGUUUUGCCGCCAGACUCGAUCCAGGACCUGUCGUAAUGCGAAGUCUGUGAGGAAUAGAUUCCGAGUGUGUUUGAAAAGGAGGGACUUUAGGGUGUCUCAUGGGAAAAGGAAGAGAGAAACCAACCAGAAGGAUGAUGAAGACAUGACGUGUUCUAAAAAGAGGAGACGACUUGGAGAAGCACAGGAAGUCAAACAGACGGUGGAAGGAGGACAGUCCGUGCCCCUCAUGCCUGUGGAGAUAAGCACUUCUGUCUCUAAACAUCCAGCUGAAACGAGUACAGCUUCUUUGGAAGGAAGACCUAGUUGGAGAUCAGGCAUUUUCCCCCCUUUGCCUCCCUCACAGUGUUUCAUACGCACCUUGGCCUUCCUGUACGGGGGCCGGGGCAUGAACGGAUUCCCUCUCAACAGAAAGAAGAAGAGCGCAGCGGGAGCGAGAAGGCUACAAGGUCAGGAUAUCGUCAGAUUGGUUUUCUUCGAGGGGCUGGCGUAUCUGAACGGACUGGAGAGGAAACCGAAGAAGCUCCCCCGGCGCUUUUUUAACAUGAUCCCCCUUUUCAGCCAGCUUUUGCGUCAACACAGGAGGUACGCCUACAACAAAAUACUGCAGCGGCUGUGCCCUCUGACGAAGAGCGACUUGGCGCAAAGCGAACUGAGCUCCCUUUUGCCCCAACACUGUACACCUCACCGGGUCUGCCUGUUUGUAAGGGAGUGCCUGUGCGCCGUUGUCCCGUCAGAGCUUUGGGGCUCUGCGGAAAACCGGUGCUUUUUUUUGGCACGUGUCAGGAAUUUUUUGCGUAGCAGCAAAUUUGAAAGGGUUUCGAUUGCGGAGCUGAUGUGGAAGAUGAAGGUGAAUGACUGCGACUGGCUGAAGAUCAGUAAGAAAGGUCGGAUCCCACCCAGCGAACUUGCGUAUCGGACUCGGGUGCUCGGUCAGCUGCUCGCCUGGCUCCUCGACGGAUACGUCGUCGGCCUGGUCCGAGCCUUCUUCUACGUCACAGAGUCUGUGGGUCAGAAGAACGCCCUGAGGUUCUACAGACAGGAGGUCUGGGCCAGACUGCAGGAACUGGCCUUCAGAGGUCACGUUUCCAAGGGCCUGAUGGAAGAGUUGACUCCGGCUCAGGUGGCUUCCCUACCCAGAAGCACCGUCAUCUCCCGCCUGCGCUUCAUCCCAAAGAUGGAUAGCAUGAGGCCCAUCACGCGAGUUUUGGGAGCAGACGCCAAGACCAGGGCCUUCCAAAGGAAUGUACGCAACCUCAGGGAUGUCUUGCGGGCUUGCGUGCGCACCACUCCGUCCCUCCUUGGAUCAACAGUGUGGGGGAUGGCUGAUAUCCACAAGGUGUUGUCCACUCUUGCUCUGGCCCAGAAGGAGAAGCCACAGACCCUGUACUUCGCUAAGGUGGACGUCAGUGGAGCAUACGAUAGUCUUCCCCAUGACAAACUUCUCCAUGUGAUCGGCCAAGUCCUGUCGCCUGUCCAAGAGGAGGCCUUCACCAUACGCAGCUACGCCAAGAUCUGGGCAGAUCCUUUCGAGGGCUUGAGAAAGUCUUUUGUUCGACAGGCUGACUUCGUGGAGGACGAGAUGGGCUCCACCAACAUGAAAGGCUUUGUGACGGCACUGCAAAGAAGCGGCAGAGUUCACAACGCCAUUUUGGUGGAGCAGCAAUUUUCCUCAGAUAUUCACGGCAAAGAGGUGCUCCAAUUCUUCACCCAAAUGUUGACGGGGAGUGUUGUGCAGUUUGGGAAGAAGAAGUAUCGUCAGCGUCGCGGGAUUCCGCAGGGAUCCGUCGCGUCCAGUUUGCUCUGCUGUCUCUGCUACGGUCACAUGGAGAACAUCCUGUUCAAAAGCAUAACAGGAAGCAAAGGACGACUGAUGAGACUGGUGGAUGAUUUCCUCCUGAUCACACCUGACCUACACGAGGCAAAAAACUUUCUCAAGGUCUUGCUUGCUGGAGUUCCGGAGUACGGCCUGGUGGUCAACCCGCAGAAGGUGGCGGUCAAUUUUCCGCUGUCGGAAGAUGUGGGUUCCGUCAUCGGCAUCCGCACGCUCCCCCUCCGCUGCCACUUCCCCUGGUGCGGCUUGCUGCUUGACACAUACUCACUCGACGUCUAUAAAGAUUACUCCAGCUAUGUGGGCCAGUCUCUGCGCCACAGCCUCACUUUGGGCUCGGUCCACUUGGCCGGAGAGCAAAUGAGGAGGAAGUUGAUGGUGAUCCUCAGACUCAAGUGCCACGCUCUCUUCUUGGAUCUGAAGACAAAUUCCCUGGCGGCAGUCCACAAAAACAUCUACGAGUUGGUGCUACUCCAUGCAUUCAGAUUCAAUGUGUGUGCCCAGAGUUUACCCUUUGGCCAAACGGUUGCAAAGAAUCCUGUGAACUUUCUGCGGAUGAUCUGGGACAUGGCUCAGUACGCCAAUCAGCUCCUGAGGUGUAGCAACAAAGGUUGCAAGGCCCUGGCUGGCAUUGUGCCAGACGCGGCAGUGGAUUUGCUUUUCUGCCUUUCAUUUCUGCUGGCAUUGUCGCAACAUCGCCCCCUAUACAAGAGUAUGCUUCCCCAUCUGCAGAAAUGGAAGCGUAGUCUGGAGCGGCGUCUGGGAGACUUGCGACUGGCCAGGGUGAGACAGGCAGCCAACCCCAGGACCCCUGUGGACUUCUUGACCAUCCGAACUUAAAGAGUGUCAACUUACCUCGAUAAACUCUCAAAAACAACCAUCAUCAGCCGACAGGUUUGGAUGUGAAUGUUUGCACCAGAAACGCACAGUGUUGAAAUAACAAUUAGUAAUGUCAUCUGGCUGCAGUGAAAGCUUGCUGGAGAGAGAAAACAGCCUUUUCCUUCGAUGAUGCUGUACAACGCACUUUAACAAUGACUCACUGUCUUUAUACAUGGCCCAUUAAUCACCAGAUAAAUAAUGAUUGGAAUAAAAAACCCUCAACUGUAUAAAUUAAUCUAUAGCCUUUGUCCAUCUGGACUUCAAUUUAUGCUUUGUGGUAUUUUUCCAUUUAGAUGUCAGAGGAAUGAAUUCCUAUACGUUUGAGCUUUAUACUCAGUGGUGCAUGUUUUAGUUUGGUCAAAAGCUUUGUUUGUAUAUUGAAUUAAAGUGUAGAAU